AUGGCAUGUUCAAAAAUAUUUUCUGGGGAUAUACCUGAAUUAACAAAUGAAAUUAUCGAAUAUUUUCGAAAUGAUUUUUCAACCUUAUAUUCAUGCAUUUUAGUUAAUAGAUUAUUUUGUCGUAUAGCGAUUCCAAUAUUAUGGGAGGAUCCAUUUUCAAUUCCUACUGAAAAUUAUGAUUUUAUUAAAAUUUAUUUAUAUAAUUUAAAUGAUGAUGAUAAAAUAAAAUUAAAUAAUUACGGAAUUGAUAAAAAAUUAUUUUCUUCAAAUACUUUAUUUAAUUAUCCUAGUUACAUUAAAAGUUUAAAUAUUCAAAUAGAUUAUUCUAUUGAAUCAUGGGUUGCAGCUCUUAAUAAUUGUUCUAUAAAAUAUACAUGUCCUUCAGAUUCAACAAGAUUAAUUUAUAAAUCAUUAUUUAAAAUAUUUAUUGAAAAUGGAGCAGAUUUACAUACUUUUGUAAUUGCCUAUGUUCAUCAUGAUUAUUUAAAUGAUGCAUCUGAAUUAAUUUUAAAAAAUCCAAAUUUCAUUUAUAAUAUUAAAAAUUUAAAACUUGAAGGAAUUUCAGAUUUACCAAAAAUUGAUUCAAUAAUUUCAUUAUUUAGUUUAAAUUGUAAAUCAAUUUCAACUUUACAUUUUCAAUUUAGUGAUCAUAGAUUAAAUGAAAAUUUUUCAUCAUGUAUAAUUAAUUCUCAACAAAGUCUUAAAACAAUAUUAUUUAAAUAUAAUAGUUUUCCUUUAUAUCAUUCAUUAUUAUCAUUAAAAAAUUUUAAUUGUUCAAAUACUUUAAAAAAAAUCAUAUUUUAUGGAACAGAUUUUAAAGAUAUAAAUAUAUUAAAAGAAGUUUUUGAACAAUUAAAUUGUUUAGAAUCUAUUCAUAUACUUUAUUGUCAUUCUUUAAAUUAUAAUUUUAUUCAACAAAUUAUUAAUAUUACUAGUAAACCAUUUAAAUUAAGAUCUUUAUAUUUAAUUAAAAGUAUAGAUAUUAAAUUAUUACAAUUAUUAUUACAAAAAUCAAAAAAUUAUUUAGAAAAUAUAGGUUUUAGAACUUUUAUUAUAGAUAAUCAACCUAAUACUAGUAAACAAUUGGUUGAAAAAAUUUUAUCAUAUUGUAAAAAAAUCAAUUUUUUUGAUUUUUCAUAUUUUUAUACACCAGAAUAUAUUUUUCCUUCUUUUGAUUUAAUUAAAAAUUCUGGUCAAAAUCUUAAUUAUCUUUCUAUAGAAUUUCAUUUCAUUCCUAAUGUUGAUAUAAGAUUAAGUUCAAUUGUAUUAAAAGAAUUAGGUCAAAUAUUACCUUCAAAAUUAGAAUAUUUAAAAUUAUCUUUAUCUAUAAAUACAAAUGAUUUUAAAAUUUUUUUAGAUAAUUUUCAAAAUACUUUUAUUAAAAAAUUAGUUAUUAGAAACAAAAUAUUUUUAAAUAAUUCACAAAAUAAUUUUGUUGAAAAAAUUAAGAAAUUAGUUAUUAGAAAUAAAACUAAAGUAGUUGAUCAAGAUAUUUUAUAUUAUAUAGAAAAAUUUAUUAUGAAAAAGAGAAAGGUUAAAUAUUUGGCUUUUAGAGAUGAUCUUAUUGGUUUAGAAUUAUAUUUAUUGAAAGAUCAAGUGAAAAAAUUUGAAUCUUAUAAUAUUAAAGUUCAAAAAUAUGAUGAUUUAAAUAUUAAUUGGUAUAAAUAUAUAGAAGAAACAUAUUAA